CGCUCAACCACUGAGCCACACCGGCCGGGCCCGCGUAAAGCAUCUUAGACGCUCUGCCUUAGUUUGGGGAAGCGAGCAGACGCGCGAGGAAAUACGAACACGAUUUCCACGGGGAACAAAUCCGCUCCGAGGGGCCCAGAUCUCGUACUAACAACCCCGCCAGGAAUAAGAACCUCCAAAUGCGAGGCCUUGGCCACGCCCCUCUGUGGGCGAAGCACCGCGAGCUCUCAGAAGGGGGCUUCGCUAAAGCCCCGCCUUCUCUCUACGGCUCCGCCCCGAUUCCCGCGCAGGCGUAGCACAAACCUCCCCGCCCCCUAGUUGUGCGCAGAUCUGACGUAUGACGUAAUUGCGUCGACGCCAUUUUAGCCGGUCCCACUCCGCACUGGGCGUGGCGGCCAUUUUGUUUGGGCACCGAGCGGGAGUUGGUGGCAGCGGUUGCGGUGGCACCGACGAAAGGCAGGAAAGGGCAGGCCGUGUGGGCAGGUGGACCGGCUGAGCCCAGCAGACAGCCAGCCAACAGCGAACUGACCUAGCAGCCUACCACUUACGCGUCUAGCCAACCAAACCCGUUCACCCGAGCCCCUUCACCAUCAACUCAGGUUCGGCCGGCCCCCGGCCCGCCUUCCGCAGCCGUCGUGGCAGCCCCGGGAGGAGCACUGGCGUCCUUUUCCUUCGAUCCUCGGGAUUUGAAGAUGGCUGCACAGUCAGCACCGAAAGUUGUGCUAAAAAGCACCACCAAGAUGUCUCUAAAUGAGCGCUUUACUAAUAUGCUGAAGAACAAACAGCCGAUGCCAGUGAAUAUUCGGGCUUCGAUGCAGCAACAGCAGCAGCUAGCCAGUGCCAGAAACAGAAGACUGGCCCAGCAGAUGGAAAAUAGACCCUCUGUCCAGGCAGCAUUAAAGCUUAAGCAGACUUUAUAUGCAAGUCCGGACAGUGGCUGUGGAAGGAUAUGUCCAAGCUGUGGCUGGGCGUCUGAAGGGCGGUGCCAUGCAACUAAGAGCUUAAAGCAGCGCCUGGGUAAGAGUAACAUCCAGGCACGGUUAGGCCGACCCAUAGGGACCCUGGCCAGGGGAGCGAUCGGAGGACGAGGCCUACCCCUAAUCCAGAGAGGCUUGCCUAGAGGAGGACUACGUGGGGGACGUGCCACAAGAACCCUGCUUAGGGGCGGGAUGUCGCUCCGAGGUCAAAACCUGCUCCGAGGUGGACGAGCCGUAGCUCCCCGAAUGGGCUUAAGAAGAGGUGGUGUUCGAGGUCGUGGAGGUCCUGGGAGAGGGGGCCUAGGGCGUGGAGCUAUGGGUCGUGGCGGAAUCGGUGGUAGAGGUCGGGGUAUGAUAGGUCGGGGAAGAGGGGGCUUUGGAGGCCGAGGACGAGGGAGAGGUGCCCUUACUCGCCCUGUACUGACCAAGGAACAGCUGGACAACCAAUUGGAUGCAUACAUGUCGAAAACAAAAGGACACCUGGAUGCAGAGUUGGAUGCCUACAUGGCACAGACAGAUCCUGAAACCAAUGAUUGAAGCCUGCCUUCCCUCCUCUGAGAGACUUGUUAAAAAGUUACCACAUCUGUAAAUAACCUUGAGAUGACAGAUGAGAAGAGCCUACCUGACUGAUGCUGGAAGGACCUAUCACAAUAGACUAUGGACUUACUUGCCACCAGUGUGUGCAUUUAGUGUGUUCCUUUUACUUUUUUGAUAACUAUUGUAUGAAACCCUUUUUUCCUCUGAUUUGGGUUUGGUUUCGUUUUGUUGUUUGGGUUGGUUGGUUUGUUUUUUCCUUCUCCCAGACUUCUCUGUGAACAUGAAUAUGUUGGCCUUCUUUCCACCUCUGCCUCCCCUCACCUGCCAUAUAUGCUUUGACUGUCUAACAUUUCCUCUGUUCAUCUCUCUCUUCUCUGAAAGUCCCAGAAAGAAUCCAUUCAAUGUUCCUCCCUGAUGCCUAGGUGUCUAUAAUGCAGUUCUGUUCUUUAUCACUUUAAUAGCCACUUAGAAGUGGUUAGAAAAUCUGGAGUUCAAAAAUGCAUUCUGCCACGUUGAUAUUUUAAUAUAGUAAAUUAGGAACAUUGGCCUAGCUACAGUGUCACAUGACAGGUUAUGCAUGGUAGCAGCUCUGAUUUGAUGGAAGUUGCUACCAUGUGCAUUGAUACCACAUAUGUGAGCUGGUUUGGGUGUGUGCAUUAUUUCUACCAUGGAAUAAGAUUUAUAAACUUGCCUCUUGGCUUUGCAUCAUGUCCAAAGGGGUGCCAUUGGGUUGGCUUACACCUGCAGUAGAGAGGGAAAGGCCAUUGGUUAAGCAGAUGCUUCAGAAGGAAUGGAAGAACUAUGGCAGAUACCUGCUGGGGAGGGGUCAGAAGAUACCCAUGUUGAAUGUAAUUCUUAGGUUUAUCCCAAACCAGUCUUGAGCUUUUCCAUACAUUGGCUUUGUUUGACCCUCUUAUUUCCCUUGAAGGUUUGUAAGUUCAACUAUAUUCUGUCAACUGUUCCAGUUUCAGUAGAAUCUUGUAUUUAUGGUUUAUUAUAACAAGAAAUUGUUCUCUCAAAUCCAGCUAGGACUUUUUAUUUGUUGUGCUCUUGGAAAUGCUAUGGCUACUGUAACACUACCUUAAUAUACCCCUUAUAGAGCUGA